AUGCCCCUUCACCAAGACCAGCAGCAAUGCAAGCAAAGCAUCACCCUGCCACCGGCACUCUGUAAGGCAAAGCUGAAAGAGUGCCCAGAAAUUGUGCCGUGUCCAGAGCCGGUGAAAUGCCCUGAGCCUAUACCAUGUCCAGUGAAGCCACCAUGCAAGGAACCACUAGUCCCAGUUCCUCUUCCACUCCCUGAGCCAUUACCAUGUCCUCAGGAGAAUCAGCAGUGCAAGUUGCCGCCCGUCCCAGUUCCUCUUCCACUCCCUGAGCCAAUACCUUGUUCUCCAGAGAAGCCACCAUGCAAGGAACCCCCAGUCCCAGUUCCUCUUCCUCUCCCUGAGCCAUUACCAUGUCCUCAGGAGAAUCAGCAGUGCAAGUUGCCGCCCGUCCCAGUUCCUCUUCCACUUCCUGAGCCAAUACCUUGUUCUCCAGAGAAGCCACCAUGCAAGGAACCCCCAGUCCCAGUUCCUCUUCCACUCCCUGAGCCAUUACCAUGUCCUCAGGAGAAUCAGCAGUGCAAGUUGCCACCCGUCCCAGUUCCUCUUCCACUCCCUGAGCCAAUACCUUGUUCUCCAGAGAAGCCACCAUGCAAAGAACCCCCAGUCCCAGUUCCUCUUCCACUCCCUGAGCCAUUACCAUGUCCUCAGGAGAAUCAGCAGUGCAAGUUGCCGCCUGUCCCAGUUCCUCUUCCACUCCCUGAGCCAAUACCUUGUUCUCCAGAGAAGCCACCAUGCAAGGAACCCCCAGUCCCACUUCCUCUUCCACUCCCGGAGCCGGUGAAAUGCCCACCUUGUGUGAAGACGUGCCCACCCAUUGAACAGCAGCAAUGCAAGCAGCAAUGCCAGUUGCCACCCAAUUGGAAGUAA